UCUUUCUUCUUCUCUACACAGAGCCUCCACACCUUAUCAUCUCUCUAUCCCCUCUCCUCCUUUCCCAUCUCCUUUUCUCUCUGGGUUUCAGCUGAGUUUGCGAGCGAGAGAGAGAUAGAGAGAUGGAAGGUCUAAUCCAGCCCAGAGGAAUCCUCUCUUUACCCACCAAACCCAUCGUAGCCGCCAGAACUCUCCUCCCACCUUCCCCCGCCUUAAAGCAAAGACUUUUCACCAGAAACCUACCUCCCUUAUCAUUUUCCUCUAAUGCCCCCACCAAAGUUCAAUCCUUUCACCGAAACCCACUCACAAUUUCGAUUUCCCACAAGGAGAGAAUAAACAGAGGCUUCAUCUGCAAGGCGGAGGCCGCCGCCGCCGCCUCCGGAGAAGGAGACUCGCCGAACAUCUUCGGUGUUGAAGUCACGACUCUCAAAAAGAUUAUCCCUUUAGGGCUAAUGUUCUUCUGCAUCCUCUUCAACUACACAAUCCUCAGAGACACCAAAGACGUCUUGGUCGUGACGGCGAAAGGAAGCUCCGCUGAGAUUAUCCCCUUUCUCAAGACGUGGGUGAAUCUCCCUAUGGCUAUUGGCUUCAUGUUGCUGUACACCAAGCUCUCCAACGUUCUCUCCAAAAAGGCUCUCUUUUACACUGUUAUCAUCCCUUUCAUUGCCUACUUCGGAGCCUUUGGUUUCGUCAUGUACCCUCUCAGCAACAUGAUUCACCCCGAGGCUCUUGCUGAUAAGCUCCUCGCGACGCUCGGGCCUAGGUUCAUGGGCCCUCUCGCGAUUUUGAGGAUUUGGAGUUUCUGUUUGUUCUAUGUCAUGGCUGAGCUUUGGGGGAGCGUUGUGGUUUCGGUUCUCUUCUGGGGAUUCGCCAAUCAGAUUACAACUGUUGAUGAAGCCAAAAAGUUCUAUCCUUUGUUUGGACUAGGUGCAAAUGUUGCACUUAUAUUCUCAGGAAGAACUGUUAAGUAUUUCUCUAACAUGAGGAAAAACCUUGGUCCUGGAGUUGAUGGAUGGGCUGUUUCAUUGAAAGCCAUGAUGAGUAUUGUUGUGGGGAUGGGUCUAGCCAUCUGUUUCCUCUACUGGUGGGUCAAUAGAUACGUCCCUCUCCCUACCCGUAGCAAGAAGAAGAAGGUGAAACCACAGAUGGGAAUGAUGGAGAGCUUGAAGUUCUUGGUGUCAUCACCAUACAUUAGAGAUCUCGCUACUUUGGUUGUUGCGUAUGGAAUUAGUAUCAACCUUGUUGAAGUCACAUGGAAGUCAAAGCUUAAAGCUCAGUUCCCUAGUCCGAACGAGUACUCAGCGUUUAUGGGUGACUUCUCCACCUGCACUGGUAUUGCAACAUUCACAAUGAUGCUUCUAAGUCAAUACGUAUUCAACAAGUAUGGAUGGGGAGUAGCUGCGAAGAUCACACCAACCGUUCUGUUACUGACCGGAGUUGCUUUCUUCUCUCUCAUACUCUUUGGUGGCCCGUUCGCACCGCUGGUUGCCAAGCUUGGUAUGACACCGCUGCUCGCAGCUGUGUACGUUGGUGCUUUACAGAAUAUCUUCAGCAAGAGCGCCAAGUACAGCUUGUUCGAUCCUUGCAAAGAAAUGGCUUAUAUCCCACUGGAUGAGGACACCAAGGUUAAAGGCAAAGCUGCUAUUGAUGUUGUCUGCAACCCAUUGGGGAAAUCAGGCGGUGCUCUGAUCCAGCAGUUUAUGAUCCUCACGUUCGGCUCACUGGCCAGCUCCACUCCUUACCUUGGAGUCAUCUUGCUAGGUAUAGUCACUGCUUGGCUAGCCGCGGCUAAGUCUCUGGAGGGACAGUUCAACACUCUGAUGUCUGAAGAAGAGCUUGAGAAGGAGAUGGAGAGAGCUGCAUCGCUCAAGAUUCCUGUUGUGUCCUCGGAAGAAGCGGCGUCAGGAGAAUCUACGAGCCAGCUACCGGAGACAUCUUCCCCGACUAGCAUUUAGAGGAUGAUGACGGAUAUAAAAGAUAUUGAGAGAUUGUGUUACGAAUAUGGUGAAGCAGUUACUAAGCUACAUGUAAGGAUGUGAAUGGAGGAAGUCUGGUAUUAUGGUGCACAAGCGAACAGAGGAGCAGAAGCUAUGUAGAAACAGGAGAGGGGUGACCACGGUUAGAAAUUAACCAAGAAAAUUUGUAAAAGUUUUGUUAUCUUCUUCUUCUUUUCUCUGUUAGAAAAUCUCCCAUGGAUCCUAUUAGAGUAUGGUUUAAUGUGGUUCAAUAUAUUAAUUUUUUUACUUAUU